AUGAUCUUCAGUGACGAGAUUGAUGACCUUGGGAGUCAUGAGUGUGCAGUGGCUGUGGGACUGUCGGGUGGGAAUAACGCAGGCCAUACUGUGGUUGUUGAUGGGAAAGAAUAUGAUUUUCACCUAUUUCCUAGCGGCAUCAUUAAUCCAAAGGCAAUUUCUUUUAUUGGUAAUGGAGUGGUUAUACAUUUACCAGGCCUGUUUGAAGAAGCUGAAAAGAAUGAAAAGAAAGGUUUAAAAGACUGGGAAAAAAGACUGAUUAUAUCAGAUAGAGCACAUAUAGUGUUUGACUUUCACCAGGCAGUAGAUGGGCUCCAGGAAGUGCAACGUCAAGCACAAGAAGGAAAAAAUAUUGGCACAACGAAGAAGGGGAUUGGACCAACAUAUUCUUCCAAAGCUGCACGAACAGGCCUUCGAAUUUGUGACCUCCUUUCUGACUUUGAUGAAUUUUCUUCAAGAUUUAAAAAUCUGGCACAACAAUACAAGUCAAUGUUUCCUUCAUUGGAAAUAGAUGUAGAAGGACAAUUGAAAAAGCUAAAGGGAUAUGCUGAAAAAAUAAGACCCAUGGUUCGAGAUGGUGUGUAUUUUAUGUAUGAAGCUCUUCAUGGCUCCCCAAAGAAGAUUCUUGUUGAAGGAGCCAAUGCAGCAUUACUUGAUAUUGACUUUGGCACGUAUCCUUUCGUGACUUCAUCGAACUGCACCGUAGGUGGUGUAUGCACCGGACUUGGUGUUCCUCCCCAGCACGUUGGUGAUGUGUACGGUGUGGUGAAGGCGUACACUACUCGAGUGGGAAUUGGAGCCUUCCCCACGGAGCAGAUUAAUGAAAUUGGAGAUCUUUUACAGUCCCGUGGCCACGAAUGGGGAGUAACUACAGGCAGAAAGAGACGCUGUGGCUGGUUAGAUCUUGUCAUUUUGAAAUAUGCUCAUAUGAUCAACGGAUUCACUGCUUUGGCAUUAACAAAACUGGAUAUUCUUGAUGUCCUUGAUGAGAUCAAAAUUGGUGUUGCUUAUAAACUGGGUGGAAAAAGAAUUCCAUAUUUUCCAGCCAACCAGGAGAUACUACAGAAGGUGGAAGUAGAGUAUGAAACAAUGCCUGGGUGGAAGACUGACACAACUGGUGCACGAAAGUGGGAGGACCUCCCACCCAAGGCCCAGAAUUACAUCCGAUGCGUGGAGAACCAUGUUGGAGUGCCAGUUAAAUGGGUCGGAGUUGGAAAAUCAAGAGAGUCGAUGAUCCAGCUAUUCUAAACAAACGACGAACUUCAGUGAUGAGAAGCACAGCUGUUCCUUACUGAUUCCUCUUUAAAUGGAGAUGCUAUUUAAAAUCAACAUGUUCUUCUAGGAGUUGAAUAGAAGCAAAACAUAUAUUCUGUAUUGUAACAUUUUAUUUGUCUUUAAGUUCUCAGUGUAAAAUCUC